GCCGGAAGUGUCGAGUGUCCAUUCCAUCUCGUUACUAGAGGGCCUGCACCUUGUGGAACCGAGUGGUGCAGACCUGAAUGCGGAGGACGCGGCGCGUGUCACUGGGACGCGAAAACUCCCGGGAGCCGCUGUCACCGCGGGGCGGCCUGGGAAAGUCAGCAGCGCCGUGGAGGAACUGCAGCGCGGCGGCCCUGGAACCUCCCAGGGCUCACUGAUCACCCAGACCCGCUCACCUGUGGAGCAGAACAAAGAGGCCUGAAAGGUGAAGAGGAAGGAGAGAGUAGCUAAGGAUCCAGGGCAGCAAGCCAUCUAUUCCUUGAUCCUGAAAGAAAAACUCAAGGAAAACAGAAAGAAAUGGCUGAUUCUCCAGUAAGCAUGUCCCAGGGUCUGUUGACUUUCAGGGAUGUGACUGUGGACUUCCCUCAGGAGGAGUGGGAAUGCCUGGACUCUGCUCAGAGGGCUUUGUACAUUGAUGUGAUGUUGGAGAAUUAUAGCAACCUGAUCUCUGUGGAGAACUAUUACAUAUGUGAUCCUGCCCAUCAACAUGUGAAGACCGAAAAGGAGUCUUUUGAGUGUAAUGAACUUGGCAAAGUGCUUCAUGAUCCCUCCACAAGUGCUUUUUAUAAAACAAGUGGAACUACAGAAAACUCCAGUAACUACACAUGCACUAACCCCAGGGAUUCUUCUAUUGACUCAUCGAACAUAGAUAGACAUGAAAGCAUCCACACUGGAGAAGAACCUUACAAAUCUAAAGACUGUGAGAAAUCUCAAAAUUUGUAUUCCAGCAUUACUCAAGAUCAGAGACUCUACACUGCAAACAAAGAACACAGGCAAGGAGAAUACGAUGACUAUUUCAGCUCUACAUGCAGUCUUUUGCAACAACCAAUCUACAUUGGAGAGACACCAUACCAGUGUGAGAAAUGUGGGAAAUCUUUCAGGACCGCCUCACACCUCUCUGUACAUCAGAGAAUACAUACUGGAAAGAAACCCUACAAGUGCAACGAUUGUGACAAAUCCUAUAACCAGUGGGCAAAUCUUAAAACACAUCAAAGACUUCAUACUGGGGAGAAACUUUGCAAAUGCAAAGAAUGUGGAAAGUCCUUUCCUCAGUUCUCAGCACUUAAAAGCCACCAGAAAACGCAUACAGGAGAGAAGCCUUACAAAUGUAUGGAAUGUGACAAAUCCUUUGCCCACUGUUCCAGUUUCAGGAGACAUCAGAAAAUCCAUACUGAUGAGGAACAUUGCAGUUGUCAAGAAUGUGGCAAGGUCUUUCAUCAGCUAUCACAUCUUAAAAGCCAUUACAGACUCCAUAGUGGAGAGAAGCCUUACAAAUGCAAUGAGUGUGACAGAUCCUUUCCUCACUAUUCAUCACUUAGAUGGCAUCAGAAAACUCAUUCUCUAGAGACAUUUUACAAAUGCAAAGAAUGUGGUAAGUCCUUUCUUGAAAUAUCACAUCUUAACAGACAUUAUAGAAUCCAUACUGGUGAGAAGCCUUACAAAUGUGAGGUAUGUGACAAAUCCUUUACUGUGAAUUCAACUCUUAGAACACAUCAGAAAAUUCAUACUGGAGAGAAAUCAUACAAAUGUAUGGAAUGUGACAAAUCCUUUACCCGGGACUCACAUCUUAGAAGACAUCAGAGUGUUCAUACUGGAGAGCGACCUUACAGUUGUAAAGAAUGUGACAAAUCUUUUACUACAUGCACAUAUCUUAGAGAACAUCAGAAAAUUCAUACUGGAGAAAAACCUUACAAAUGUGGAGAAUGUGACAUGUCUUUUAUCCAACGUUCAAAUCUUAGAACACAUCAGAGAGUACAUACGGGAGAGAAACCUUACAGAUGUAAGGAAUGUGGCAAAUAUUUAACUACACGGUCAACUCUUAGAGAACAUCAGAAAAUUCAUACUGGAGAGAAACUGUACAAAUGUAUGGAAUGUGAUAAAUUCUUUACCCAUAACUCACAGCUUAGAACACAUCAGAGAGUUCAUACUGGAGAGAGACCUUAUAGUUGUAAGGAAUGUGACAAAUCUUUUACCACAUGCUCAUAUCUUAGAGCACAUCAGAAAAUUCAUACUGGAGAGAAUGUCUACAAAUGCAAAGACUGUGACAUGUCCUUUCUCCAGAAUUUUAGUCUUAAAAUACAUCAAAAAAUUCAUACUGGAGAGAAACGUUAUAAAUGCAAAGAUUGUGACAUAUUUUUUAAUCAGAUUUCAGAUCUUAGAACACAUCAGAAAGUCCAUGCUGGAGAGAGACCUUACAAAUGUCUGGAAUGUGACAAAACCUUUACCUACAUGUCUAAUCUUAGAACACAUCAGAUAGUUCACACUGGAGAGAGACAUUACAGAUGUAAGGAAUGUAACAAAUCUUUUACUGGCUGCUCAUAUCUUAGAGCACAUCAGAAAAUUCAUACUGGGGAGAAACUUCACAAGUGCAAAGACUGUGGUAUAUCCUAUACCCACCUUUCAAAUCUUAGAAGACAUCAGAGAAUUCAUACUGAAGAGGAAAAUACUGUUGUAAAUCAUGUGACAUAGCAUUUAUAUGGUAUUGUUUACUUACAAAUCCCAAGAAUAUACAUUAUAGAAACAAAGACAAGAAAUUUGUGAAAGCCUUUAAUGAAGUCUUAAAUCUUGUAAAAUAUCACAAAUAAAAUUCUGCAAUAGUAACUGUCUGAAUUUUUGUUUGAUUUGAUUUUUGAGACUGGGUUUCUCUGUAGCUUUGGGGCCUGUCCUGGAACUCACUCCGUAGACCAGACUCUGUGUCUGCCUCCCAAGUGCUGGGAUUAAAGGCAUAUGCCACCACUACCCAGCUUUUAAAAAAUGUGUAGCCUAGGCUGGCCUCAAACACAUGAUCCUCCUCCCUCCACCCCCUUCACCAAAUCCUGCCAGUAUCUACCAUCACAGCUAUGAAUUAUUUUUAAUGUCUGUGGGUGCUUUGUCUACAAGACUUUCUGUGUACUACAUGUUUGUCUGAUGCCUAUGGAGGCCAGAAGAGGGCAUCAGAUUCCCGGAAACUGAAGUUUUAGACAGUUGUGAGGAAUUUUGUGUUUUGAAAAUUGAACACAACACUCUGGACACAAAGCAGUCUUCUUACCCUCCAAACCAUUUCUCUAGUCCGUGGGAAUAGCUGUAAUAAAAAAAACAUUUGCCUUGUUCAAAAAUCUGAAAAUUGAUAAUACUACCAAGCAUGGUGGUGCAUGUUUUUAAUCCUAGCACUCAAGGGGCAAAGGAAUAAAGAUCUCUGAGUCUGAGGUCAUCCUGGGCUACAUAGUGAGUUCCUGGACUGCCAGGACUACAUAGACCCUGUAUCAAUAAUGUUGUUGAUGAUGAUAAUGAUGAUGAUGAAAUUACUAAUGUAAAAGAAAUGUGACUUUAGUUUUCCUUCUAAAUGUGCUGUAUAUCACAAAAUUAAUAGUUCUGGGUGUAAUGGUAAAAAUAAAAGUGCUUCCCUGUUCCUGAGGUGCGCAGUCACAGAAAUGCUGCAGGUCCCUGAGUGGUGGUAGUGGGCAGAUGUAGGCGUAAGUCAUAAACAAUGCCACACCAGUUUGGAAUUAUGAUUAAUAGGGUGGUAUUUAUUUAA